UAUCGCGCGGAUCAGUUUGCCGGCGAGCAGCGCAUCGUGCGCUCGUGUGUGUGUGCGUUUGCAACGAGUAGCCAUGUUAAGGUCGUGGAAGUUAUUGUCGCGCCGUUUGCGCCAAGCGGCGCUCGGAAACUAUUACAGCAACAAUGUCAUGAACAGUCCUUACGGCGAGGCGGAGAACGUGCCUGAGAUGACGCUGCCGCAGUUUCUGUGGUCCAAGUCCGACAAGUGGCGGCAACUACCUGCCCUGACGUGCGGCAUAAGCGGUCGCAGCUACGACUUCGAGACGAGCGCGGCACUGUGUCGACGCGGCGCGGUCGCGCUCCUGAGCAACACCAGCCUGAAGCCCGGCGACCGCGUCGGCCUCCUGCUGCCGAACGUCCCGGAAUACCUGAUAGCCGUGCACGCGAGUCUCUCGGCCGGUCUGGUGGUGACGUUCGCCAACCCGCUGUACACUGCAGCCGAGUUGACGCGCCAGUUCCAGAGCGCCAAGGUCAGGUGCAUCAUCACCAUUCCCCAACUGGUCCAGCUGGCCACCGCCGUGUCCGAGAAGCUUGAGGACUACGACUGCACGAUCAACGUCGGCGGGGACGCCAGACCCGAGCACAAAGUGUUCGGCCUGGAUUACCUGCUCAAUCCGUCGUCCAAUGUGGAGCUGCCAAAGGUGUUGCCAACCGACGUGGCCGUGCUGCCGUACAGCUCGGGCACGACGGGAAUCCCGAAAGGCGUGAUGCUGACCCAUCGUAACUUGAUUGUCAACAUCCUGCAACUGACGCAUCCGUCACUGAUACGCUUCGAGGAGCCGACGGCGGACUCCCAAGAGACCAUACUCACUGUCCUGCCGUUUUUUCACAUCUACGGCUUCAACACCAUUCUCAACUACCUCACCUACAUUGGCAUGCACCUCGUGUGCAUACCCAAGUUCACGCCGCAGGACUACGUCGCCGCGUUGGUCAAGUACAGGCCCACGGUUCUGUUCGUCGUGCCGUCACUGCUGCUAUUCCUCAUCACCCAUCCCGAAGUCACGGCCAAACAGCUGGAGAGCGUCACCAAGGUUUACUCGGGCGCUGCGCCGCUAAAGAGCGGUCUGAUCGACAAGUUUAUGGAGAAGAUCGGUAGGAACAAUUGCGUGCUUUCGCAAGGCUACGGAAUGACAGAGACAAGUCCCAGUUUGAUGAUCACUCCGUACACGAUGCCGCAAUCGAAGCGAGGAAGUUGCGGACAGUUGCUGCCGUCGACUCAAGCCCGCGUCAUCGAUUUGGAGGACGGCCAAGACGUCGGUGUGCCGCACAAGAGUGGCGAACUUUUGGUCAAGGGUCCGCAGCUGAUGAAAGGCUACCUAGAUAAUCCGAAGGCCACGAGCGAAGCCAUCGACAUCGACGGCUGGCUGCACACCGGCGACGUCGUUUACUACGACGAGGACGAGUACUUUUACAUCGUCGAUAGGACGAAGGAGCUGAUCAAGGUCAAGGGUAAUCAGGUCUCGCCGACGGAACUCGAGUCGUUGAUUCUCGAGAUACCCGGCGUUGCCGACGUUGCUGUUGUUGGAGUAUCCGACGACAAGGCUGGAGAGAUUCCACGUGCCUACGUCGUUAAAAAACCCGGAGUGGAGAUCAGCGCUGAACAAGUGCAGGAGUUUGUUGCGCCGAAGGUUGCAUCGUACAAGAAACUAUCCGGUGGCGUACGUUUCGUGGAUUCAAUACCACGGAAUCCUUCAGGCAAAAUCUUACGAGCUGAGUUGCAGGCUAUCAGUUGAGAAAGAUCUCCUAACAAACAGCAACAACAACAACA